CGCCGGUGUCUGGCUCCCCCCGCAGGCGCUCGGCUGCGCGCGGCUCGGCCCCGCCCGGCGCCCGGGCUGUCACUGCGGCGGAUUCGCGGCGGCGCCGCCACCCGGGGCAGAUGCAGGCGAUCAAGUGUGUGGUGGUGGGCGACGGGGCCGUGGGCAAGACCUGCCUGCUCAUCAGCUACACGACCAACGCCUUCCCCGGGGAGUACAUCCCCACCGUGUUCGAUAAUUACUCCGCCAACGUGAUGGUGGACGGGAAGCCGGUGAACCUGGGGCUCUGGGACACGGCCGGGCAGGAGGACUACGACCGGCUGCGGCCCCUCUCCUACCCCCAGACCGACGUGUUCUUGAUCUGCUUCUCCCUGGUGAGCCCGGCCUCCUUCGAGAACGUCCGCGCCAAGUGGUACCCAGAGGUCCGGCACCACUGCCCCAACACGCCCAUCAUCCUGGUGGGCACCAAGCUGGACUUGCGGGAUGACAAGGACACCAUCGAGCGGCUGCGGGAUAAGAAGCUGGCCCCCAUCACCUACCCUCAGGGCUUGGCCAUGGCGCGGGAGAUCGGUAUGGUCCGUGAAGUACCUGGAGUGCUCGGCCCUGACGCAGCGGGGCCUGAAGACGGUGUUCGACGAGGCCAUUCGUGCCGUGCUCUGCCCGCCGCCCGUCAAGAAGCCCGGCAAGAAGUGCACGGUGUUCUGAGGGCGCGGCGCGGCGUGGCCUAGCCUGGCCCAGCCGCGGGGGCUGCGAUGUGCGGGGCCCUUCAUCAUGUACGAAGUCAGUGUUUUUUAAUGUCUCUUGAGUUAACGUCAGUGUUGAUGUGAAGGGGCAGUGGGGGCGGGAAGUGAACAGGGGGGCGGCGCAGCCCCUGGCAGGCGGGCAGGGCAGGGCAGCUCCCUGGGCUGCGGGGCUCUCUGACUCCAUGCCUGGGAGGGGCUGAGACACCCGCUCCCCAGGAGAAGCACCACCUGGGGAGCGGGGCUUCUCCCCCAGCCCCCCGCGGCUGGUCCUUGCCAGGCUGGUGCAAGAGCUGAGAUGUGCCAACCGUGGUGGUGGGAACCCAGCGACGGCCCUGGGCAGGGCGAGGACAGAUGGGAGCCCAGAGGCUGGAGAACGAGCUAUGAGGUGCUUUAUUGGGUGCUACACGCUAGCGGGACUAAGCGAAACAGCCCCGCACCAUCCACCGGGCACGGGCGCCACAGGGUGCUCCACAAGGCCUGCCUCCCGCGCCCACCCAGUCUCUGCAGGGCAGGGCUGAGGUUGGAGCCUCUGUCUUUCCUAUCCAAAGCCCAGCGGGAGGCAGCGAGUCUGGGAGCAUCUCCCCGUCCCCGCGGCGGAGGGUGUGGGGCGCAGUGGGGUGGGGUGGGGGGGCGAGCGGACGGGUCCCAUUUCUGAUUAUCAUGUAGAGUGACAAGACGACGCCUUAUUUGGUACAAUAAACAUUCUCCAUGAA